AUGGCUUCUGAACGAUUCCUUCAACCUAUAUGCGUAAAAUGGCGUUUAGGUGGACUGCGGUGGCAAGUAUUUAUUUUUCUCCUGUCAUUCUGUCAUAUUGUCAGUGGCCAAAUACGGUAUUCCAUUCCGGAGGAGAUGAAGAAAGGUUCUCUUAUCGGUAACGUAGCUCAAGACCUGGGGUUAGAUCUGAAAAGGCUCCGAGCGGGUCGGGCCCGUAUCGUGACAGGAGAAAGCAUUCAGUACACAGAGCUACAGACAGACAAAGGGAUUCUAGUCGUGAGUGAGAGAAUAGACCGAGAGGAGCUUUGUGGCGACGUCACACCGUGUAGCUUCAGCUUCGAAAUCAUUCUAGAACAUCCAAUGGAGCUACACCCUGUCACCAUCUUCAUCCAAGAUCAGAACGACAACGCGCCUCAGGUUCUGUACCCAGUCCAGACUAGCAGCUCUCUGGUGGCUGAAAUGGUGCCUCGUUCAGCAGAUGUGGGCUAUCUUGUCACUAAAGUGGUGGCUGUUGAUGUGGACUCUGGACAGAAUGCCUGGCUCUCGUAUAAACUGCAGAAAGCGACAAACCGGGCGCUGUUUGAAGUGGGCUUACAGAAUGGAGAAAUAAGAACUAUACGUCAAGUAACUGAUAAAGAUGCUGUGAAACAAAGGCUCACUGUUGUAGUGGAGGACAACGGGCAGCCCUCUCGUUCAGCUACAGUCAAUGUUAACGUGGCGGUGGCGGACAGCUUCCCUGAAGUGAUCUCGGAGUUCACUGACUUUACGCACGACAAGGAGUACAAUGACAACCUGACUUUUUACUUAGUCUUGGCUUUGGCUGUAGUCUCAUUUUUGUUCAUCACAUGUUUAGUGGUUAUUAUAUCAGUGAAAAUAUACAGAUGGAGACAGUCUCGCGUCCUCUAUCAUUCCAAUCUUCCGGUUAUUCCAUAUUAUCCACCGCGUUACGCAGAUACUUUGGGGACAGGAACUCUACAGCACGUGUACAAUUACGAGGUGUGCAGGACGACUGACUCCAGAAAGAGUGACUGUAAGUUCGUCAGACCCUGUAGUCAGAACGUACUGGACCCCAGUUCUACAGGGACGAUGCAGCGGAUGCAGAGUGAACAGAACAUCCUGGAUGAACCAGACUCCACACUAGAGAUUGAACUCAGAGGGACGCUGUUGGUCAGUGUGUUGCAGUUUUAG